AUGGCUCUACCUGGCAGAAUCCUUGACCCAUUCGUCAACAUGAACGAGCUGGCGGCACGUUGGGUAGCGGACAAGUCAUGGACGUAUAGCACGACCUUCAAUAGUCCUCCUAUAACCAGUGGCAAGGGUGACAGAGUCGACCUCGUGUUCAAGGGACUCGACACGUAUGCGACAGUCAAGUUGAAUGGAUCCAAGAUCCUUGAAGCAGACAACAUGUUCCUCGAAUACCGCGUAGAAAUCACCGAGCAGCUGGAACAAAAGGACAACGAGCUGGAAAUUACUUUUGCUUCGGCACUGCUACGCGGCCGCGAACUCGUCGCGGAGCACGCCCAGGAGCAUAAAUUCAUCGCUCACCAGACUGAACUGGGUAGGAUGCCGGUUCGAAAGGCUCAAUGCCACUGGGGUUGGGAUUGGGGUCCGAUCUUGUGUACUUCUGGGCCAUGGAAGCCGAUUUUCCUCGAGGCGUACACGACUCGUGUCGAAGACGUCUGGUUUCAGGCGGCGGUAAGUGAGGACUUAAAGGCUGUGAGCGGGAAGCUGUUGGCACGUGUGGAUGUUGGGAGGAACAGAAAUGGGGCAGAGGUUGCCGUCAAAUUUACCCUGUCUCUGGAGAAGAAGACGGUCUUUGAGUCUCAAGAGGCUGUCGACAGCGAAGGUCUGUCGACAGCAAAUUUCAAGCUCGAAGACCCGGCCCUCUGGUAUCCCCAUGGAUAUGGCAAGCAAUCACGCUAUGAGCUGAAGGCCACCUUGUUAUUUAACAAAGUGAAGGAGAAUUCCUUGACGAAACUUACGGGAUUCCGCAAGGUCCAGCUGGUUCAGGAGAAAGAUGAAUUCGGAAAGUCGUUCUACUUCCGUAUCAACAAUAUUGAUGUUUUCUGCGGCGGGUCUUGCUGGAUCCCUGCCGAUAGCUUCAUCCCGAGGAUUGGCCGCGAGGGGUACCGCAAAUGGAUGGAAUUGAUGGUGGAUGGGAAUCAAAUCAUGACUAGGAUAUGGGGAGGUGGAAUCUAUGAGGAGGAAGACUUCUACGAUGCCUGUGAUGAUCUUGGAAUCCUGGUUUGGCAGGAUUUCGCAUUUGCCUGUGCAAGCUACCCGACAUACCCAUCGUUUCUCAAGCAAAUCGAGGUAGAGGCUCGGCAUAACCUACGCAGGCUACGAACUCGGCCUUCUCUAGUGAUCUGGGCCGGGAACAAUGAGGACUACCAGAUCCAGGAGAGAUACAACUUAGACUACGACUAUGAGGGAGAUAAGAAUCCGGAAUCGUGGUUGAAAGGUUCAUUUCCGGCAAGGUAUAUCUAUGAAUAUCAACUGCCCAAGCUUGUUGAAGAGGAGGACCCUGGAGCGAUCUACCAUCCAAGCAGCCCUUGGGGCGAUGGAAAGAAGACCUUUGAUCCGACAGUUGGUGAUAUUCACCAAUGGAACGUUUGGCAUGGCCUCAUGCGAAGGCAUCAAGAGCUUCCGACCAUGGGCGGCCGUUUUGUCAGCGAGUUCGGAAUGGAGGCGUACCCUCAUCUGUCAACCAUCAAAUCUGCGAUUACCGACCCAAAACAACAACAUCCAGGAUCAAUGGUUAUGGAUUAUCACAAUCGAGCCAUCAACCACGAGCGUCGGCUGUUGACAUACGUCGCAGAGAACUUCCGAUUAAAUUAUGACUUGCCAGUCUUCACUCAUCUGACGCAAAUCACCCAAUCAGAUGUCAUGGAAUCAGCGUAUCGUUCCUGGAGACGGGACUGGGGAAAGCCUGGAGCGAGAAAGACCGGAGGUAUACUGGUGUGGCAGCUCAACGAUUGCUGGCCUACGAUGUCUUGGGCGGUCGCAGAUUACUAUCUUGUCAGGAAACCGUCCUUCUAUGCUAUGAAGCGAAAUUUGAAACCGGUCGCGAUUGGACUUUCUCGGCCAUUCUAUGAUUGGACAGCUGGUCACAUAGACCCUACUGUUGCUACGCGGGAUAGGAAGUACGACGUGUGGGUAGCAAGCUCGAGGACGGAGGCAGUGCGAGCCGAUAUCACAAUCCGGUUCUUGUCCAUCAAGACUGGAAAAGAAAUCGCCGCGACAAUUAAGAAGAGUGUUCAAACCUUACCAAAUUCGACAACUGAUAUCAUACAACAGGGUGAUGUCGACGUGGAUUCUAAAUUCGACCACACCAAGCCCUUUAACCACGAAUUGUACGAUCCGUACGUAAUCUCUGGCUCGAUAUCGGUAGAUGGGGAAAUAGUCAGCACAGGAACGGCCUGGCCUCAUCCGUUUAAGUAUCUGGACUUCGCAGAUCGCGGUGUCAAAGUUCAGGCGUCCCAGAGUAGGCUCACAAUAACCGCUGAUAAGCCAGUUCAUGGAUUCGUUUUCGAGGAGAAAAAGGAUUGGCUCAAUUUCUCAGACAACGGGUUUGAUAUCAUGCCAGGAGAGGAGAGGGUGGUCGAUGUCACUGGGACAAAAUGGGAAGACGACGAACUGCGGUGGACUUAUAUUGGAGCAGAAUCUGGAUCGAUCGGGCUCAAAACUGUUUGA